CGUGCCGUUUGCACGGCUGUACGAGGUGCGCAGCGCACGUCGGUGCGCUCUUACGGUGCGGGUCCACCGGGAGGAUACUUCGCGGAGGGUACGCAAACGGGCCGGAACGGUUACCUGUUCGGCGAAACUCCGCCGGCACCGGGCAAGCGGAGAGUUUGGGAAGACUGGGAGGCGCCGUGGUACGGUGCACUCACCCUCGCCACCGCCAUUCUCUGCGUUGGUCUCCAAGCCAAGCCUGACACGAGGAUGACGUCUUGGGCUAGGGAGGAAGCCGCGCGCCGGUUGGAA